UGAAAAGUAGACAGUUUGUUUAAGAAUUGGGGAACCUUCAAGUCAGUUUACCCAAAAAUCCAACUUUUUCCACUUUUACUUAACGGUCCAGGUACCAGUACCAGUACUGAGCAACGAGCUCCCUGGAUAGCCGCGUUCUCAGUUCAGCAGGAGAAUACCACCUUGUGGCGCUCUCUUCAGGAGUGCACAAAGUCCACAGUGAGUUGGUUGUUAGUUGGUUACCAAGAAGCGUCAAGAUAAGAUGGAUCCGCCAGGAAAGGGACCUGCUACCAUGGUGGGAGAGAAUCCAGUUCGAGUGGAUGCUGCAGAAGCAAUAGCUCGUCCCACGGGCAGCCCAAAGGAAAGCCCACAAGAAGAAGAAGUCAACACAAAGAAGAGCGCUGCUUCUGAUGAUGAGUACCCACUGGACCCUGCUCUGUUCGUAUUGUCCCGGGAAGAAAAGGAACGGGCCUUGGCAGUAAAACGUGCGAUUGAAGGCCUGUCCGAUAUCGAUAUCACUAUAUCUGACUUUAUGUGUGCUCACUUAGCCAUUGCUGGCCAAGGAGACUUGGAGUGGGCUGUGGCGAGAGUGUACAAGAUGCAAGAUGUACAGGAGGAGUACAAGUUUUUGGAUAGCUAUGAAGAAGGGGUUGUGGCCAUUCAAGCAAUGAUGGAGAUACUUCCACAUGGCAUCAUGUCCUUUUCAUGCGAUCCUGUGAGUGGGAAAUGUGCCGUAGUCAUGGAUGGAGUUAGCAGGCUGAAAGAGUUGUGGAAAAAUCCAAAGAAUGUGGAUGUUACAAUUCGGGGUUGCCAAUAUGUUUGUCGUGCACAAUUUCCUUCCUUGGAAUGUGUCCGGGUAGGGAACACUCACGUGUUUGAGAUGGAGGGAUACGAGUGGGGGCGGGGCAUGACAGAUGUCAAAGAAUUGUCAAAGCUGACCAAUGAGACACAAGGUACCUAUCCAACAGUGCUGAACUUUGUUAGAUUUUACAACACACCCACAAUGUUUAAUUGUGUGGUGAGCAUGGUGAAGCGCCUCAUUCCAAAGGAGCUGGCUAAAACCUUUUCCUUUGGCAAUACAUACUCCGGAGGCUCCCUGCGGGAUUUCUACCUGGUCCCUACCCCAGAAGCUGCUUACCAAAGGGCGUACAUCAAUCUCUGUCGAAACCUCAAGAUGCGGUUUGAAUCUGAGAAGAGGUUCUCUCUUUCGAACUGACUGACUGACCUGGUCUUGCCUCCAGUGUCCAGUCUCUGGGUUGAUAUCCCACCUAGCUAUUACGCUACAUGUGCUGCAGAUCUUGAAAAUGCUCCAAUUCCUACGUAUUGUGUAUGGGUGUGUCUAAACGCAAGUAGUCUAACCCCCAACGAAGCCACAACAGAGGUGCUGUGUUCCGGUACACUUACUUGUGUCGUGAACAUUGCGGUAGAAAGCCUUCUGCGAUUAGUACUGGUAGUAGCAGAGUGUAUGGUUGGUGUUGUGGGUCAGUGCAAGGACUCAGAGGUGGCGAGAAGGACGCUGCAUUGGCGACAAUUUUGUACAAGCAGCAGACCCGAGAGCAAUGGACAUGUAGAAGUAUCAUGGUUGCAAGGAAGAGAAAGAAUAAGAGCACGUGUAUUCUUAUUCCACCCAGGAAAUUCUCAGUCAGGGGGUCGACUUCAUCUCUACCAGUAUUAGUGUAUUGGUUGGAAAGCUCGAUGUUUGGGCCAUCUGAGAACGGACAGUUGGCGUCGGGCCCCAACACGUGGAUUCGAUGGUGAUAUUCAACCCGUUGCCAUCAACACUCCAGCAGAAGCUCGAGGAUUGAUCAUUCGAUUAUUUUCUAUAUAAAUUAUGCUAUGAACAUAUACAUGUAAAUCA